UCCAUACCUCCGUAAGAAGCAAAGACAGUCAAAAAGGUCGCAGAGCUUCAAAACCUCCUUUUAACAGUGUCUUUCUUCGAGGGUUUUACCAAAUCCCAGCAAAGAUAUGAAGCUCGCAGGCCUCAAAUCGGUCGACAAUGCCCACGACGACUCGGUGUGGACGGCGACGUGGGUCCCAGCCACGGAUGAGCGGCCAGCGCUCCUUCUGACGGGGUCGCUGGACGAAACAGUGAGGGUGUGGAGCCCCGACGAGCUCACAAACGUCGCCACCAACACCGGCCACUGCCUCGGCGUCGUCUCCGUCGCCGCUCAUCCCUCCGGCGUCAUCGCCGCCUCCGCCUCCCUCGACAGCUUCGUCCGUGUCUUCGAUGUCGACCACAACAACACCAUCGCCACCCUCGAAGCCCCUCCCUCUGAAGUCUGGCACAUGCAAUUCGACCCCAAGGGUACCACUCUAGCAGUUGCCGGUGGCGGCAGUGCAUCUGUCAAACUCUGGGACACCGCCGAAUGGAAGCUGAUAGCUUCCUUAUCCAUCCCUCGCCCCGAAGGAUCAAAGUCCUCUGAUAAAAGUGGCAACAAAAAGUUUGUUCUCUCAGUUGCUUGGAGCCCAGAUGGGAAACGACUGGCUUGUGGCUCGAUGGAUGGCACAAUCUCGGUUUUUGAUGUAUCUCGUGCCAAAUUCCUACACCAUUUGGAAGGACACUUCAUGCCCGUGCGGUCUCUUGUAUAUUCACCUGUUGAUCCGAAGAUUCUCUUCUCGGCCUCAGACGAUGCCCGUAAGAGCUUGAUUAAUGCUCUGUCGGGUCAUACUAGCUGGGUUUUGAGUGUGGAUGCGAGUCCAGAUGGGGCAGCAAUUGCGACUGGAUCAAGUGAUAAGUCUGUGAAACUCUGGGAUCUCAAAAUGAGGACAGCAGUGCAGACACUAAGCAGCCAUACAGACCAGGUCUGGGCUGUGGCGUUUCGGCCACCUGGUGGGACUGGUGUGCGAGCUGGUAGACUAGCCAGUGUGUCAGAUGACAAGAGCAUAUCACUCUAUGAUUACUCUUGAGGUAAGGCAAUGUUUUGUUUUUUUUUUUCCUUCAGAAAUGCUGGUUGCGUCUUUUUCCAUAUAUUUGCCAAAACUGUUAUCAAGAAAAUGUUUUUUAUUUAUAAAUAAUUUUGUAAUCUUAUCUUUCUCCAUUAGUUUGAAGUUUUCAUGUAUCAUGAGUUUCAAUUAAACAGACAAAGACAUUUGGCAUAGUAGUUGUGUAACAUUAUUUUUGUGUGAUUAUGGAUUCAAUUCUUAUGGAGUGAGGUUUGAGUUCUCCGUGGUA